CAUAGUAACCUCUUGCCACCCAAAGCCUUGCUAUUAAGCAGAGCCCGGCGUUCGGUUUUUUCGCGCUUUCAGUGGCCAUUCUCAUGAGCUGGUUCCGAUGGUUGGUCGAGGCGCAAGAUGAGGAAGAAGCUUCGAUCGCACAGCUGGGGAAUAAGCGACGGCCGGGUCGGCCUGUGAGAAGCUGCAAUCCAUCCAUCCCAACGCCCAGUCCGCCCCAGUACGAAGCCAGUCCUACACUGGCACGUUCUUUGAAGGUCGCCACCCUACCAGGACGUCCUCAGGCAGAACGAGUCUUUGUGCGUGUCUAUGAUUUGGGAAAGACCUUCUUAACCCGCUGGCCCAACAUGCUGGCGAGGGACUAUGGAGCCUUUCAUUCAGGAGUGGAGGUCUAUGGCAUGGAGUGGUCCUUUGGAAUGACCCUGGACAGCUGGUCCACAGGCGUGGCUGCGAACGUGCCUGGCCAUCAUCCGGAUCAUACCUUCCGUGAGACCUUGUCCAUGGGCUGCACCAACUUGUCCCAGGGCCAGGUGGCGGAAGUGCUCAAAGACAUGACCGCGGAGUGGAAGGGUCGGACCUACGACGUACUCACACGGAAUUGUCACCACUUCUCCGAUGAGCUCUGUCGCCGCCUGGGUGUGGCGCCCUUGCCGCCCUGGGUGAACCAGCUGGCGGGCGGCGCGGCGUCGGCGGCUGGGGUGAUCGAGGGCGUCUCAGCCAGCACAGGGAAAGUGGCGUCAGAUGUGGCAUGGCUCUUCACCAGUGCAGCAGGUGGUGUGUACAGUUUGGUGGCGCCCUCGCGUGACAACCGUUCCGAGGAGCCCACUGAGACCUGGCAACGGAGAGAUCUGGGAGACUUCGAGUUGGUUCGAUCAGGGCGACGGUGACGGGUGCAGUGAAGGCUUGCCACUGCAACCAAUGUGUUGCGGGUGAACUAGCGACUGAAGAUCUAGUUUGGACAUGUUUGGAAUGUACCCAUGCAUUAAACUGUCUUUGGGGGAAAAACCCCGCUGAAUUCAUAGAGGUCUUAAAGGAAGACACCGAUGCAUUGUGGACUCGCACACUCAGCUGAUUCAAAGCGAUGCGCACCGAAGGUGCUUACAAAAGCAUGCAUUGUUCUCAUUGGGCAAAAAGAUCAA